AUGUUCUCGCUCAGGAAAGAGCGGCUUCGAGAGAUGGGUACCAAUCUAGGCAACACCAUCUGCGGUUCACCUAUAAUUGAGCCUAUAUUCUCGGACAUAACUCUCUGUCAGCCCAAAGAUUGCGAACAUCUUUACUAUCUCGUCGCAAUCGGAUCAGCGCGUUCAUUGCGCGAAUGUCUGUUUUGGCCACAGGGAAAGACGUGCGACGUUAAUGCACUUCCAACAGUGAUUAAAACCAUCCGUAUAAGCAAUUCGGACGAGGCUGCCUGGAUGGCGACGGAUGAACAUCUUCCAAAACUACUCCCGUUGCUAGCGUCCAUAUCCACCGUCGUCAUCUCCAAUUUUGACUGGAGUACAGCUCGCGUGGCCCUAUUUAACGCUUUGCUCGAGUUACUCGUUAGAGCGAGGUCUUUGGAGAUGAGGAACGUUUCGGGUGUUCCCAUGGCCCAAUUUGCGCAUUACCCCCAACUCAAGAACUUGAAGCUGGACGGUGUUACACCCUCUAGAGGUGGAGACUCCCGUUCAAAAAUCAUUUCGAUACAAGCAAGAUACAAGUAA